GCAUUGCUAAAAUACGAAAGUAGGCUCAAACUUGGUAUAUAUAAUCAACAUAAAUUUAUUCCUUUUAUCACCAACGGCACAUAUCUAAGGAGCCACGAACUUAUUUGGUAGAAAGACUCUAAACAUGUCAUAUAUUGAAAUAAAGAAAAGACGGUCAUAUUUCAAAGUAGUAAUUUAUCUCUAUAUAUAGACACUGGUAAAUCAACUUUCACCAAUCCAACCCAAAAGAAAGAGAAAAAAAAAAAUAGAGAGGGAUGAAGAACCAAUUUAGCUCUAAGGCCCUUUUCCUCAUUUUUCUUCUUGUGAUCACGCAGUGGUUAACCAUUGAGGCCAAAACUUGCAAUCCUAGUGGCAAAAUAAAAGGGAAAAGGCCUCCUCCAGGACAAUGCAACCAGCAAAAUGACUCCGAUUGCUGCAAACAAGGCAAGUCUUAUACUACCUACAACUGCUCACCAAGGGUCACUGGCCACACCAAAGCAGUUUUGACACUAAACAGCUUCGAGAAAGGUGGAGAUGGCGGUGCACCCUCGGAAUGCGACAACAAGUACCACUCGGACAGCACACCAGUGGUGGCCUUAUCCACAGGAUGGUUCAAUAAUAUGCAGAGGUGUUUACAAAACAUAACCAUAUAUGGCAAUGGGAGGAGUGUGAAUGCAAUGGUUGUGGAUGAGUGUGACUCAACGGCUGGAUGUGAUUCUGAUCAUGAUUAUCAGCCUCCAUGUCCUAAUAACAUUGUGGAUGCCUCCAAAGCUGUUUGGAAGGCCUUAAGAGUUCCAGAAGGUGAUUGGGGUGAACUUGACAUUUAUUGGUCUCAAGCUUGAGUUUCGUUUGUUAUAAUAUUAUCAUUGUGAUGUACAUUUACUCAUGUAUUCUAUUUCAGUGUGAUGUGAGGCUGUGUAUUGUUUGUUUAUCGUUCUUUUUUUCAUGUUUGAGUUUAAUUAAUGUAAUUACACCUUGGCUGUUAUCUAUUCAAACAGAAAAUUAGUUUAGCCUUCGUACUUUUAAUUGUUGUUUG